AUGCAAUGUGCUGAUCAGUGCCAGAAUCACAUCUCCGCUCUAGGAGCUUCAUACCCAGCAUUGAGAAGAUGUCUACAAGAUAAGGAAAGCCUAAUCAACAAUGUGAUUCAGUGCCAAACUCAGCAAUUGGAAGGAUCAUGCCACAGAGGCGGAGGCGGUAUGGUCCCAAAACGAUACCCAGAAACUCUAAAAUUGGCCUUCUAUGCUGAGAUCAACUCAAUGCUCGCAAAAUCAGGCAUCCAAGCCGAAGCUCGAGGCUUUAUGGCUGCGGGUAAGAAAUUCGCCUCAUGCGUCAUGAAAUGUGUUGAGCGCGGAUCCGGAUCAUGCUUGAAGAAACUCAACUGUGGCUUGGCUCUUCCACCCGACAAUGUCAUCGUCCAACAAGUGAAACAGUGCGCAAUUCGUAGCGGUUUCAAUACACCCGGUGUUCGCCAACUUUGCCACUGUGCUGCCGGCUCUGGCAUCAGGUUAGUGAAUUUUCAGAAUUGAAA